CUGACCAUCAAGAUUUAAGCCGCUGCCUGACUACAUCCCGGAAAGAUGUUAUCUACCAGUGCAGGAUAAAUCAGAACCAAGACACAGAGAAGCUAUGUUUAAAGGUCUUGUAGUGUUUACUAAGAUAUGCCAUCAGAAGAUAGCCAGCUUCAUUUAAAGCAGAGAGUUCUCCUUUCUGUGUUUGGAGUCCCUUCAUGGUGCAUCUAGUUGGCAAGCCUUUCAAUAGCAGAGGCUGUGAAGUGCAGGACUCGCCCGGCCCUGCUGUCUUACGGCAGACCUAUGGGUAGACUUCGUAACAGCGCCAAACCGGCUCCCCAACGCAAUCUGCUGAACGCAAACCACUGAGAGUUUGCUGCGCCGCCCCCUGGGAUACCGGGCGGCCGAGUCCCGCUAAGGCAGAGAGACACCGGCGGAGCGAGCGCGGCGGAAGACAAACACGCGGGCGCGCGAGGGGAGCCUCAGGAGGGCUGCCGGGUGGCGAGGCUUGGCUGGCGACUGUCACUGCGUCCCGGGUCGCCUUUCCCCGUGGGGGACUGUGCGAGGAAGCGCGCUCCCGAAAAGUUCUAGACCGCGGGAGGCAGCGUCCUCUCAGCCCCCUCCUCGCGGCGCACCAGGAAAAGGAACUUGAUCUACUUGCAGGCUCCAGCUGCUCGCUGAACGUGAGAGGGGGAUAGUGCCCCCGGCCCCGGGGUGGGGAGCCGCGAGAGGGAGCCUCGAUCCAGGCUGCAGGCGGAGGGCACAGGGCAGCUGCCAGAGACCCCAAUGCCGGCGGCCAACAUGAUGGAGAACCUGCAGCUGCCCGCCCUGCAGGUGCCGGAGACGCAGGGCGCUCCCGAGGGCAGCGCGGUGUGGUCCAGUUCGUCUACCCCCACGCUCCGUCGCCGGCGCUUUAAAAUGCGGCGGAUGAAAAACGUGCAGGAGCAGAGCCUGGAGGCCGGACUGGUAGCCCCGGACCUACCCGGCGUCUUGGCCCCGGGCAAGGAGUUCCUGCAGCUGCCGUCCAUCGAGAUUACGCCCUCCAGCGACGAGGAAACCCCAUGGUCCAACUGCUCCACACCCAGCGCCUCGCCGCGCCGAAAGCGCUUCCUGCUCCGCAAGUGGCUGAGGGUGAGGGAGCGGAAGGAGUGCAGUGAGAGCAGCAGCCAGCAGAGCAGCCAACAGAGCAGCCAUGACGAUGACUCCAGCAGGUUCCUGAGUCCUCGAGUGCGGGAAGAAAGCACUGCCAGUAACUCCAACCGCAGCACGCCGGCCUGCUCCCCCAUCCUCCGGAAGCGGUCCCGCUCGCCAACACCACAAAACCAGGACGGUGAGACCAUGGUGGAGAAGGGCUCAGAUCACUCCUCGGACAAGUCCCCUUCCACCCCGGAGCAGGGUGUGCAGCGCAGUUGCUCCUCACAGUCUGGUCGGAGCGGUGGUAAAAACUCCAAGUCUCACAAGCGCCUCUCAAAAAAAAGCCAGAGUUGGUACAAUGUGUUAAGCCCCACGUACAAACAGAGAAAUGAAGACUUCAGAAAGCUCUUUAAGCAACUUCCAGACACGGAGCGCCUCAUUGUUGAUUACUCAUGUGCACUCCAAAGAGACAUCCUUCUCCAAGGCCGACUCUACCUCUCAGAAAACUGGAUCUGCUUCUACAGCAACAUCUUCCGCUGGGAAACUCUGCUGACAGUCCGUUUGAAAGAUAUCUGCUCCAUGACUAAAGAGAAAACAGCUCGCCUCAUUCCCAACGCCAUCCAAGUCUGCACUGACUCAGAAAAGCACUUUUUUACUUCAUUUGGGGCCCGGGAUAGGACGUACAUGAUGAUGUUCCGGCUCUGGCAGAAUGCUCUCCUUGAAAAGCCCCUAUGCCCCAAGGAGCUCUGGCACUUUGUCCACCAGUGCUACGGGAACGAGCUGGGUCUGACCAGUGACGAUGAGGACUACGUACCACCAGACGAUGACUUUAACACGAUGGGCUACUGUGAGGAGAUCCCCGUAGAAGAGAACGAAGUGAAUGACAGCUCAUCCAAAAGCAGCAUAGAGACCAAGCCAGAUGCCAGCCCACAGCUGCCCAAGAAGUCCGUCACCAACAGCACGCUGACCUCUACAGGAAGCAGUGAAGCCCCUGUCUCGUUCGAUGGCUUGCCACUGGAGGAAGAGGUGAUGGAGGGUGAUGGGUCCCUAGAGAAGGAGCUUGCCAUUGACAAUAUCAUCGGGGAGAAGAUUGAGAUCAUUGCACCCGUGACCUCCCCAUCCCUGGACUUCAAUGACAAUGAGGAUAUCCCCACCGAGCUCAGUGACUCUUCAGAUACCCAUGAUGAAGGAGAGGUCCAGGCCUUCUAUGAAGAUCUGAGUGGAAGACAAUAUGUGAAUGAGGUCUUCAACUUCAGCGUGGACAAACUCUAUGACCUGCUGUUUACCAACUCACCGUUCCUUCGGGACUUCAUGGAGCAGCGGCGCUUCUCUGAUAUCAUCUUCCACCCGUGGAAAAAGGAAGAGAAUGGGAACCAGAGCCGCGUGAUUCUCUACACUAUCACCCUUACUAACCCCCUGGCUCCCAAAACAGCCACUGUCAGGGAGACACAGACCAUGUACAAAGCAAGUCAGGAGAGUGAAUGCUACGUGAUAGAUGCCGAAGUCCUCACCCACGAUGUGCCAUACCACGACUACUUCUACACCAUCAAUCGCUACACGCUCACCCGUGUGGCCCGGAACAAGAGUAGACUCAGGGUCUCCACAGAGCUCCGCUAUCGAAAGCAGCCCUGGGGGUUCGUGAAAACUUUCAUCGAGAAGAACUUCUGGAGUGGACUGGAGGACUACUUCCGCCAUUUAGAGACCGAGCUAACCAAAACAGAGAGCACCUACCUGGCUGAGAUGCACAGACAGUCACCCAAGGAGAAGGCCAAUAAGUCUUCAGCAGUACGGAGGAGGAAGCGUCCCCACGCCCACCUGCGGGUACCUCACCUGGAAGAGGUGAUGAGCCCAGUCACCACACCCACCGACGAAGACGUGGGCCACAGGAUCAAGCACGUGGCAGGUUCCACGCAGACACGGCAUAUCCCCGAGGACACUCCCAAUGGCUUUCACCUUCAGAGCGUGUCUAAGCUGCUGCUGGCUAUCAGCUGUGUUCUGGUGCUGUUGGUCAUCCUUAACGUGAUGCUCUUUUACAAGCUGUGGAUGCUGGAAUACACCACACAGACCCUCACUGCCUGGCAGGGUCUCAGGCUCCAGGAAAGGUUACCCCAGUCUCAGACAGAAUGGGCCCAGCUAUUAGAAUCCCAACAAAAGUACCACGAUACCGAGCUCCAGAAGUGGAGGGAAAUCAUCAAAUCCUCAGUGAUGCUCCUUGACCAGAUGAAGGACUCGCUUAUCAACCUUCAGAAUGGUAUCAGGUCCCGAGACUACACAUCUGAAAGCGACGAGAAGAGGAACCGCUAUCACUGACAAGGCAGGACCAGGGGUGGCUACAAGAGGCCUGUGCAAUACAUGUACAUAGACCCUAUAAAUAUAUAUAAAUAUAUAUAUACAGAAUAUAAAUAUAUAUUAUAUACAGAUUUUAAAACAGAGAUAAUGCCUAUGUACCAGGGAGAAGGAGCGGGAACUCCCGCCCCCUGUGCCGGCCAGAGCAGCGUUUUUCCCUCCACUGUGGAGGGACUGAGGAGGGCAGGGACCACCUCUCAGCAUCAACCUCCCCUGAUCCUCCUUCUCCCAUCUUCUGUUCCCCACCCCUUCCUUGCCGGCCAUUCUUGGCCCUUAGAAGGGAAAUGUGGCUGAGCCAAAGUCUAUGCCUGUGAAGACCCUUGGGUCUUCAAAGACGUUUCAAGAGGGCGUUGCUUAAGGUGCUUCAUUCCCUAACCCCCUUUUGAUUUGUCUCUAGAAUAAGAGAGAACCUGUCCCCUCCCCCACCCAGUGCUUCCCUGGGCCUUCUCUUGGGAACUGGAAGAAUGGAGAGGGCAGGAGCCCCAUCCAAAAUCCCCCCAGGAGGCCAUUGGUUAGGACCAUACUGAGAGCCAGGUGGCGAGGCCUGUGGCAGAGGCUGCUGCAUUUGUGGGCCUGGGCUGUGGGGCUGCAGGCUCCUGAGCUCUGGCACCUGAUGGGAGUUCUCCUCAGCCACCCCCACACCUUCUUCUGACCUAAGUAGGUUGUGGACCCCACAAGGGCUGGGGAUUCCUCCUGACUCCCUACUCCCUUUCUCUCUGGUCUUCUCUCAGGCAGGACCUGGGGGGAGUGUCACUUUUUAGUGCCUAAAGUUCUAUUGUUUCUGUGUGCCCUAAGAGCACAUUGUUUCUUAGCCAGGGUAGAGCCUUUUUUGACCUUGUUUAAAAAACAAAAACAAAAAAACCAAAAAAAACAAAAAACAA